ACCCAUUAAUUUUCUCCAAAAAGAAAACAGUUAAAAAAACGUUUUCCGUUUUGUUUCACCUCACGUACCCCCUCUUCUUCCUCUUUCUCGGGUUCCCAUUUCUCUCAAUUUGGGGACCUGAAAAUCGAUUCCUCAGCUUUCAUGAUCAAUUCUUCAGAAUGGGUCUAAAGCUCUCAAGAGGGCCUGGGAAAGAGAAAUCAACUCUUCUGCAACAAACGAGGGUUCACAUUCUGACGUACCUAACCACAAGUUUUUACCUACGUAACUUGGUGUCCAAGAAACGAAGGCGGUUAAUCACCGCUGGAUACGAUCUCGACAUGUCUUACAUUUCCGACAAACUCUUGGCUAUGUCUUUUCCCGCCGAAAGAAUGAGAGCAGUUUAUAGAAACCCUCUUUGGCAAGUCAAGUCCGUGCUAGAUAUGCGACAUCCUCAUCAUUACAAGGUCUAUAACCUAUGCAUAGAGGAAUGUUAUGAUCCAGAGAACUUCUACGGACGCGUGGAGAGAUUCCCGUUUGAUGACAACCAUGUCCCAUCUCUUAAAAUGAUCCAACUUUUCUGCCAAAGUGUUCAUUCUUGGCUCUCAUUAGAUCCCAAAAACAUUGCUGUUGUCCAUUGCAUGGCAGGGAAAGGUAGGACAGGGCUAAUGGUAUCAGCGUACCUUGUGUAUAGUGGAAUGACAGCUGAAGAAGCUCUUGAGAUGUAUGCAAGCAGAAGAACCACUAACAAUAAUGGAGUCUCAAUACCUAGCCAGCGUCGUUACGUGAAAUACUGGUCACAUUUACUUGGUAAAGGAAUUGGAAAAGGACCUCCAGAGGUUAAAUUACCUCAAGAACAUAGCAGAGAGUUGCUAAGAAUUAGACUUUACGAUACAGCCAACGUUGAUUCUGUCUUCUUUGUGGUCUCAGAACUUCAGGAGGUUCCAAAUGAGAUGUAUAGACCAUCUGUAGAGCUUGCAAGAGGUUGUUGCAGACAAUUCAAGAAAGGAUACUGUAGAAACUCAAGUCCACGGUAUUAUAUAUCCCAUGUGAACUGUGAUUCAGAGGAGGAUGAGGUGUUAAUAGAUGGAGAAGAGCCGCGUCUUGUUGUUCAAAUGGAUACAGAGAGUUCCAUCAUCGACGAGAAAACAUGUCUUGAUUUCUACUUUGACAAACCUGUGAGAGUGAGUGGAGACAUACGCAUCACAUUCUACCAGAAAAUGAUUGGAAGCCGUCUCUUUUAUACUUGCUUCAAUACAGCUUUUAUAACCAAUGGCUUGCUUCAGUUUUCCAUAGGAGAGCUAGAUAAAGUUGGUGGCAAUGGAAGAUCAAUAUCUGGUCCUGAUUUUAGCUUGGAGUUGCUUUUUAGUCCAGCUACUUCCGUAUCUGGAACCCCGCGAUGACCUUUCUCUUUCCUGAGUCCUCUGUUCUUCAAAACCAAGUCACUAAAGCUCAAAAAGGAAUGAUUUAAAAAGCACUGUUUCAGAAGAUCAGGCCACAAAAGAGUUAUAUCAGCUGAUCCUGCAAACACUUCACUGGCUUAAAACGGCAUAUCUCUUUGGACAAAUACAGAGAGGCAAGAGCAAGUAGCUAAAGG